CAUUCUAACUCUAGGGAGCUCAGAGAAAGCAUUAACUAAUAAAUAUUUGAGUAAAUUAUAUUUUUAUAUUUUUUAACUAAUGAAAAGUAUUCAUCAGGAGAAUGGCGGAGGAACAGGUUAACGACGACGCACUGGUUCCAGAAGAAAACAAUCCGCAUGGGGAUGUAACUAAUGGCGACGCAGUUGUUCCAGAAGAAAACAAUCCGCAUGGGGAUGUAACUAUUGGCGACGCCGUGGUUCCAGACGAAAACAAUCCGUAUGGGGAUGUAGCAAUUGGCGACGCCGUGGUUCCAGACGAAAACAAUCCGUAUGGGGACAUCCCCAUCGUCGCAAUUGGCGACGCCGUGGUUCCAGACGUAAACAAUCUGUAUGGAGAUCUUACACUUGACGAACUUAGGAAUAUACCCGUACCUAAAAUAAUGGUCCUACGCGAAAAUGGCGAGGGACUUUGCAGACUAGAGGAAAGAACAUUGGACCUGAUGAAGUGCUCGAGGUGCAAGCGUGUACCUAUGGAGGAGAUAUUUCAAUGCAUGAAUGGUCAUAUCAUAUGCGCCGGCUGUUUUUUGAUCCGAACUGAGAACAAUAUGGUGGGAGACGGUGUACCGAACAUGGUGGAUGCCAGGCAAUUCAACUGCCCCACGUGCUUUAUUUUCAUGGAUCCAAAUGAACCCAUUCGCAAUCUCUUGGCGGAGUGCAUUAUAAGUCAGGUUGAAGCGGUCUGUCAGCGAUGUGGAGAUGAGGUAAUCAUAUCGGAGUUGCGCGAACACUUUAUUACCUCAUGUCGUCAGAGUUUAGUGAACUGCUAUUAUUGGCGUGUUGGCUGUAAAUGGAUUGGCGCCUUGUCGGAAGUCGACACCCACGAGAGUAUCUGUGCGUCGGCUAAUAAUAGUGAAAGCCAAGUUACGAAGGCUCUGCUCGAACGCGAAGCUAGGUCUAAUGUGACCUUAGAGCAAUAUGCUCGUCUCCAACGUCUUUUACAGGAUAGAUUUCUUGUAAUAUGUAAUUUGCGAUUGAUGGCAAUUCCCGAAGGCACUGGUUUAAAUGAAUUCAUAACAGUGGAUCAAAUUUUCGCACAUGGUUCAUGGUGGGUCGUGCUUUUAAUGCGCCAAGAUGAGGGCAACAUAUCACGCAUCUUGUUCAAGCUGCAGCUUCAUACACCACCGAGCAAUCCGAUACAGGUGUCUUAUUGCCUAAUUAACAGCAACUGUUCUCUGGUCAACAUUGAGCCAAAUGUUUGUGAGGACGUAGUGUUUGAGCCGACAGCUCUUGACGGCCCCGAACGAGUUCUUUACCGAAAUACCAAGGAAGCCACAGAUGACUUAUUGUAUGAACGUGGUCUAUAUCUACGAAUGCUUAUGGGACUCCCUACCAUAAAUGUUGAACAAAUGAUUUAAUAAAUUUCAAUCCAUGAA